UUUCAUAAAUUCAACGAAUACAUGAAACGAAAAAACCCUAGCAAAUUGCUAAAGCACCCACCGUCGAGUACCGUUAGUUUUGGGUGUAAAGAGGAGGAAGAAAGAGAAGAGUUUCAUUGAAUUAGAAAUUAUAAUUGUGGCAAUGAACAACAAUAAGCGAAAGAGACACAACAAAAAUGAUGUAUCGAAGAAGAACCAGAAACCACCAAGUAACAAGGAGCAAGAGAUUCCAUCAGCUUCUACUGCGAAGCGUACAAAGUCCAAUGAACCCUCAAAAUCCUCCAACUUUUUCGAAAAGAUGCGAGCAAGGUUGUCUGGUGGACACUUCAGGAUGAUUAACGAGAAGCUCUACACUUGCACUGGGAAGGAGGCGCUCGAUUAUUUCCGUGAAGAUUCGUCGCUAUUCAACUUGUAUCAUGCAGGAUACAGAACACAAAUGUCAAAUUGGCCAGAACAGCCAGUUAAUGUAAUUAUUAAGUGGCUGAAAAAACAGAGCCCUUCUUUUGUUGUUGCUGAUUUUGGUUGUGGUGAAGCGUUCAUUGCCAAAAGCGUGAAGAAUACUGUCUUCUCUCUCGACCUUGUCUCCAAUGAUCCUGAUGUUAUUGCCUGUGACAUGGCAAAUACUCCGUUAGUUUCCUCAUCUGCUGAUGUCACUGUGUUCUGUCUUUCAUUGAUGGGAACCAACUAUCAAACUUACCUUGAAGAAGCAUUCAGGGUUCUUAAACCAGGUGGCUGGCUUUUGAUAGCAGAAGUGAAGAGCAGGUUUGAUCCAAAUACUGGAGGAGCAGACCCAGAGAAGUUUUCAAAGGCUAUUUCUGAGCUAGGAUUCAACUCUGUGAAAAGGGACUUCUCAAAUAAAAUGUUUAUUUUGUUUUACUUCACCAAAAAGGAAAUGAAAAAUGCUAAAAGGAAGGAAAUUGAAUGGCCAUCACUUAAACCUUGUUUGUACAAGCGUCGUUGAGAUUAUGAUAAAUUAUUUGUUAAUACACAGUUGUUAUCUGGAGAAAGGUCAAAACAUAUUUGUUAUAGCAUGAUAGUCAAUUACAAACUCGGGUUAUUUGGUUCUUCACAUUCAAGGUUCAUCAUCCUCGGGUUAUUUGCUUCUUCACAUUCAAGGUUCAUCAUCCUCGGGUUAUUUGAUUCUUCACAUUCAAGGUUCAUCAUCCCCAAUUUUUAUUAAAUGCAUUUCUAAUGGAUGUAAGAUUUAUGGUUGUUUAUAUGAAGAAUCCCCUUUGAAAAUUAGGGUUA